GAUGUUAAUGCGAAAGAUACAUUCGGCAAGACACCACUGCAUAAUGCUAUUCUUGGCAAACACGUGACCAUUGUUGGGCUACUUCUUAAAUCAGGAGCUGAUGUGAAGUGUUUGGACGAGCGCGGUGACACGCCACUGCACAAUGCUGUUAGAGUGGACAGUGAAGUCAUUGUGGUGGUGAGCUUUUAAACAACCUGGUUCUCAGGGCUUUCACCCUUGUUACUGAGAGAAAAGUCCUGGGAACCAGUUUGCUUUUAAAACUUCUUAAACACCCGAACGUUUUCCCUCAUUGUUAGUCUAUUAUACAAACCUCUUCCUAUACUCCUCUAAUCUUCUCAAGUUCUGGUAAUGAACGGAAACAUCUGUGCUAUCUUUAUACUGUAUCUCCAAAACCUCUUUGUAAAUAAUGGCGAGAAACAUGAAAAAGCUUGAAUGGGCCCUUUCCAGCUUGUAAUUCACGUGGUACAACUCCGCCAUGCGGGAAAGGAAUACAAGAGACGCAAUGGGAGAAGACAAACGAAGGAACUUACAGUUUUAAAUGAUGUGAGUCCUUUGCUUGUCUUCCAUCAGUGCAUCCUUUACUCUUCAGCAUGGUAGUUUUGUACCACGUGACUGACUAGAUGCGAAGGGCCUAUUGUUUAAGAUAGAAUGCCCUGUAAUUAGCAAUUUUUGAGGUUGUGCUUACUCGACUGGGUAAAUUUGGUGCCAAAUUGCACUUUUAAACUGUUUAAAGGGACGAACUUCGAUCCAGAUUUAUCCUUCGCAACAUCGCAAGAGCCGGUAAAAGAAGCAUUGGUAUUCAUAUCCCCACGACAGUCCCACAGUGCAUUUUGACACGACACUGACCCAGUCCCACGCCCAAAAUUAAACUGGCCAAUAGUAUAUCCAUUAGAACGGAGACUGUGAUAUUUUCCUCGAAUUAGAGGUAAUUCAAUGAACGAUAAACAGAAAAUACAAUGAAUGCUCCCUGUUGUCUGCCUUGGUUAGAGCUCGCGGAGUAAUUUUAUUUAUAUUAUUUUCUCUUUGCACAGCUGCUUCUAAAUAACAGUAAAAGUAAUUCCAAUGCCAAGGGAUUUGGUUCGUACACACCUCUACACAUUGCUGCCCAAAUUGACAGCGUGGAUAUUUGCAAGCAACUGGUUAGUAAAAAUGUAUUUACAUUCGGCGGAGCUAAACGUAGUGGCAGUGACAGAGAAUGUAAAUACUUUCCUAUUGGUAUGAACGCACGUGAGCCGCUAUGGCGUUAAUUGACUCUAUUGUUAUUAGGUUUAUAAGGUUUUGACAGUUGUUCUGUAUUCAUCUCAGCUCUCGAACUAUCAACUUUUAUUUUCAUAUCUUACUUUAUUCAUCUAUCGAUUGAUUUUUUACCUUUUACCCCCAGAGGCUGUGCGACCGAAUCGGUUGGGGAAUACGUUCCCAAUUUUUUCCCGUUGGGUUUUUGGGCUUUUGUAUCAGGCAGCGCACGUGAAUAGUUAAGCCUGAGUGACUUUAUUUAGGAAUAUUUGUAAACCAUUCUUUAGUUAUGAUGUUGAACUUUGUAUGUUAUUUGGACGGCAUUAAACACUCAGGCUCCACAGUUCGAGCUGCACACCCAUUCCCGUCUCUUAGUAGUGAACAUACACUCCUCUACCUUCAGACACUCUUGGUGACGACAAUUGUCCGGAUUCAAGUGUUUGUCACUUACGACAAGCCGAGAAGAAUUUCUAUACUUGACUGCUCUUCUGGUCUGCCCCAGCACUACUGUAUUUCCUUAUUAGCUAAACCAUACAGUUAAACAAGCGGAGCUACGAUUAACAGUCCAGACAGCAAGUUGUAGAGCGUUUUCACAUGACGUCACGGCGGCCAUAUUGGUGUCCCAAGACAAUGAAACGGCGGCCAUGUUUGUACUCCAAACCAAUCGUGUAGGAGUUGAACUCUUUUCUUAUGUAAAAACUUUCUUUUGUUCCAAUAAAUUUGCAUAACGGCUGCACCGUAAUUUUUAGGGAGUUAUUAUAACUCCAAAAAUGGAGUAAAAAUUUUAGGUACAGGAUAAGCCCUUUUUGGGGGUUAUUUUAACUCGUAAUUUAACUCCGAAUUUGGGGUCAUUUUUACUCCUGAAAAAGAGUUCUUUUUACUCCCAGUCUGGAGUUAAAAAAACUCCGAAAUGGGGUUACUUUUACUACUUACAUGGGUUGUUUUUACUCUUUUUGGAGUUAAUUUAACUCUGAAAAGUGGAGUAAAAAUUUUAGGUACAGGAUAACUCCUUUUUUGGGGUUAUUUUAACUCCUCAAUAUCUGGGGUCACUUUUACUCCUGAAAAAGGGUUUUUUAAACUCCUUUUUGGAGUUAAAAUAACCCCCCCAAAAAAUAACUCCACUGUAAGGAGUUAAAUUAGCCCCACUCGAGGAGUUAUUAUAACUCCUUGAAAAUUACUGUGUGGACACGAGGGUGCAUGAAAACGCGCUGUAAGACACGCAAUCCUGGAUAGAGGGCCAGACCUAAUAGGUAAAAGGUGCUAACAUUAAAACCAAACCUAAUUUGACGUUAAAGUGUUUCGUCUUUGUUAGGUUGAACACAAAGGUGAUAUCAGUCAGAGAGCUGAAGAUAAGAUGACGCCAUUUGGUAUGGCAGUAUCCAAGGGAGCACAAUCUGUUGCUGAAUACUUUGUCAGUAUUUGUAAGUGUCCUAAUAUCACGUGAUCAUGUUUUUCCCGCCAUUUUUAAUCCUUGCCGCCUGGCGUUAGACAAAUCUAACAAGGAAAUUGGGCCUUGUGGUAAUCUAUGAGUGACUAGCAAAAUGGUGAUGCUACGACGCAUGCGUAACUAGUGUUUUUCAGUUUAAUGAGAGAAGGCCUCCCCAAUUAACUUUCAACUAUUUGAUAAUUUUUCAUCAGUGGACGAAAAACAACUUGACAAAGACAAUCUCCUUUGUAAUGCUGAUAAUGAAGGAAGCACCUUACUACAUCUAGCAGUGGACAGCGGCAUUCCACAGGUAUUUGCAUGCGCCACGAGUCGACGGAAUAGUUUUAGAGUGCUGUGUCAUGUCUGUAUAGUUCUUUUUUCUAAUAACAGUGGCGGAUCCAGGGUAGGGUCGGGGGGGCUGCCCCCCCUUAUUUACAGACCAAACUAAGGCCCAAAGGGCCGAAAAAAAAUUUUUUGAGACCGCUCCUCCCCCCACCCUCCCCCCACCUCUUAUCUGAAGGUCUGUAUCCGCCUUAUAGAGUGUUUUCACUCACGUGGCCAGCAUCUAUGCAAAUUUAUUGGAACAAAAGAAAGCGUUUGCAUAAGAAAGGAGUUCAACUCCCACAGGACUAGUUUGGGACACCAACAUGGCCGCCGUUUCAUUGUUUUGGGACACCAAUAUGGCCGCCGUGACGUCAUGUGAAAACACUCUAUUGCCAAUUACGCGUCCUAAUAGCUCACAAUCGAUAUAUUAAAUUUCUAACAUGACUUCGAGGUUUUCUGGUCAUUUUUCUAUAUAUUUUUUUUCAUGGUGCUCAAAUCUCUUCUGGGAAUUGCGAGACAAUGGAGUCGUAAAAAAUGUGCAAUUUUGACCCCGAAGCCUCGGAAUCUUGUUAGAAUUUUAAUAUAUCCAACAUGGGCUAUUAGCUAUGGAACUUGAGCAAUCGAAAUUACUUGUGAAUGACAAAAUAACUGCUUCCUGCAAAAACACUUGAAAUAUGUCUGAUAAGCCUUAUAUCCAACGCUACAAACAACAAAAAUGAACUUUGAGAAACUGUUAGGCUAGUGACACGGCUUCUUAGGCACAUUAAACUAUAUUUCUUUCAGUUGAUCUCAUCAGCCUAAACCGGCUCUCCGAAAGGAAACAAGAUUGCAUUCUUUCAACUGAGAGUUCGCAUGGUCUAACGUAUCUUUGAUGAAGUAAAACUGGAUUUUCUAUAAAGGUUAAACGUGUAUUAAUUGAAAAUUCUUUUUCCUCAGAUCGUGUCACUGUGCCUGCAAAUUGGAGCAAAUGUGCGUCAAAAAAAGGUAAUGGCCAAUUAUAUCAAAUACUAUCUUACUAGCUCAGCUUUUCCCCAGCUCAGGAAUUCCAUCAAAAACGUCUUUGCUCAAGCUCGCUAAAACAGGGCUGUUUCAACACAAAAAUAUAUCCACUUUUGUAGGAGGCGGACAACAGUACAGCGUUUCAUCUGGCAUGCUCACAAGGUUCACUGGAGAUAGUUCAGCUGCUGGUCGGAGCAGACCCUGGUUUGUGUAAAGAAGAGAUACUAGAUGAGCAAGGAAUGGUACCCCUUCAUCGGGCAGCGCAGAACAAUCACGAGUCUGUUGUCGGCUACUUAGUAGAUGAGGUAUGACGUGUAUUUUGUCUCUAUCUGACCGACGGAUUGCAAACCAGCCCGUAUUUUGACGUUGGCCAAAAACACGCAUGCAGUCAAUCAAAAGGUCGAUGAGCUACAAUAAAGAAUAAUCCUGAGCAUUUGUUAAAAAUGUGGUACCAUCUGUGGUAUAAAAUUCACAGCUACAAGGUGAAGCGUAAAAGGUCCUCUGGCUACCAUCCUUUCUUGCUAUCAUUUAUAUAACGUGGGGGUUGACUGCUUUAACAGUCGACCUCAUUGACUGUAAGACCAGCUACAGUUGGAUGUGGAAAGGUCUUGAUCUACCACGCAACCUCCCCCCUCCCCCCGUUCCCGCCAAUUUACCACAUCGUUCAACAAACGACAAUUCUUUCCAUUGUUGUAUCGACCGCCAUGUGGUCCAUACAAGUAUGAAGUCCAACAGUACUGAAGAAAACGAGGGUAUGUAAGUGUAAGUUCCUUCUCUUUUCAGGGUGCUCCGGUGGAUCCCCGAGACAUUCAAGGUUGCACCCCCCUUUUCUUAGCUGCGUCAGCUGGUGGAACAGAUACUGUUAAAUUGCUAAUGGACCGGGGGGCCGAUAUAACCCUUAAAGAUGUGGAAUUGCGCUCACCCUUGCACGCAGCAAUUGUGGAUGGAGAUUCGUCCACCAUGGAAGCCUUACUCAAGGUAAUACGUUUGGUAAUUAUGCAAAAAAUGGUUACUUACACGUUUAACCGCCUCCGGUUAGCUCAGUUGGGAGAGACGCGCUGUGAUUUCAGAUCUUCUCUCAGUUCAAAUGUUCGUGGCAUUGGGCGGUAACGUUAAGCUGUUGGCCUUAUCCUCGUCAUCCUUUCUUAUAAGUUGUAAAGUGACGUAAAAGAAGCCACCCUGCUGUUCGAAAAGAAUAGGGGAUGUAGACCCCCGGGUGGUGUGACCUAUCUCACCUGAGGGUAGGGGACUGUUACGGGCCGGCAGUAAAUGGCGUCAUGAAGUUGAGGUGUCCCCUUCAAAUUGGCGAAUCAGAAUAAAUGAAUAAAUAAAUGAUGUAGCUGUUCGACGGAUCUGGACGAAGAUGUACCAUAUAACAAAAGUGCUCAUUGUGUUUGACAGAGUUUGUUCCAAUCCUUGCGCCUUAAUCCUCAUGAGUAAACAGCCAUUUCAGCCAGAAGACGCAAUUUACGCUCUUUGUUUUCAAAACAUAUGUGUGCGGUCUGAUAAAAAAACCGUUGGCGGACCGGCGCUAUGCUGUUGCUGAGAACAGUUGGGAAAAACGUUUCCUAGAAUCGCUUGAUUCGCCCACCCUAGGAUCGGAAGAACUAGCGCUUAAACCAUCAUCAUUUAAUUUAUUUAAAAUGACAUAUUUGCUUACCUGAUUAUUACAGCUACCUUUUUGUAUUUGUUAACUUUUCUUAUAGAGCCCUGCGGCGAAGGCGUUAGUGGUUGAUAAGGACAUUACCGGAUACACCCCAGUGCAUUACGCUGCACGAGAUGGUUACUUGCAGGUAAAUGUCCUUAUUAUCGAGGUAAGGUAUUUCUAAAAUUCAAUUUCACAUCACAAAAAGGCACGCAUUACUGGCAUCUCAGAGCUCUCGCAACCAAUAUGCUCACGACCUAACUGACAGACGAUCAAUAACAUGGAGAAUUAACUUGUCCAAUCAGGUUACUAGCUAGUCGAAAAUACAACAGUUGACUAUACGCAAUUUGCUCUGGUGACUCUGACGUUGACUUGCUUGCAAACGUCAUUCACUGAACAACACUCCUAUUCUGGACUACACACACGGCCAAUCAUAUUCAAUCUAUUAAUUUAAUAAUUGUUGUUUCUCUAUCUGCAGCACAUCGCUCUCUUCAUCAAAAAGAACAAGGCGGCUCGUCAAGUGACGUCAGACUCACUGGAUACCCCUCUUCAUAUCGUUGCUCGGUACGUUUUGCGGACCUACAAGAAAAUCUAGCCGGAUACCUCAUAAAAGCAAAUCAACGCUUCAUGAAAUUCACGCGAUUUUUAAUUUAAGUCCUAUCAAUUUAUGUAUACGUUAAUUUCUGCGCCAUUAAUAAAGUGGAAAGUUAGUUAUCGCGACUUUAAUUUCCAUUAUUUUGGCCUCAAAUUCUUGAUACACUUUUGACAGUCUUGACACCUAUGAAAGAGGAGUACAGUGUUUUAUCAGGGUAGUAGUAGUAGGGAGGAAAGCUGCUAAGAGGGAGAUUUCUUUGGUUGACCCCCUUCGUACAUUUAUGGGAAGCACCACGAACAAAGUUCCCAUUUCGGAUUAUGCGUUUUAUCCUUUGUUCUUGUCAUCUCAACAAGUUUUGUUUCUUUGUAAAGGUUGCGUUAAUUUCCUUUAUGCGAAAGUCGUUUUCCAUUAUAUUCGCGUUAAUUUAAGUCGCGUUACCUUUCAAUACCUUAAUUUCGUGGAACGUUAAAUUCCUAUAAGGUAAGCGCUCUGCAGACUGCAGACCUACUUAAACCUUGUGAGGACUAUCAAGUGAUCUGAACUUGGAGAACCUAACAUACAUCCUAAAAUGGUCUAUGAAAACGCGCUUUUUUGAGAAAUUUUUUGUCGAACAUAAAUCAUUGUUUGCUUUUUCCAGGUAUGGCUGGCUACAGAUUGCUGAAGCAUUACUGGCUAAGAGAAAUGUCCGAAUAAUUAAUUUGCAAAAUAAAAAGGGAAAAACAGCCCUUCAUUACGCAUGUCACAAAGGGCAUGAGGAUAUAACCAAGCUUCUGUUGAAGAAGGGCGCUACACUUGAAAGGUAAUAUAAAGAUGACUACCUUGCAAAACUUAAUUAGAUCCAUUCGUAUUUCUUUUAUUUAUCCUUUCACGCACUUCUUUUUUCUUAAACAAUAGUUAAAAUGACAAAGAUAAAACUGAAAUGGCAAAUAAUUAGUGGCAAAUAAAAGGGAAAAACCUGCAGGUCGUCUCUGGGACAAACGUGGAUCUUCACAUGCUACAAACUAAACUAAUAAAUUAGAAAUUUGUUUGAUAAUGUACAUAGAAUCGUUCGGGAAAAAAUUUAUUACUGAUCUAGAUCUGAUUCAGCUGAUUCAUUCGAUGCAUCUUAAGUUCGACGUCUGACCCAACAGACGAUCUUAACUUAAUUUAGGUCGACCCAAAUUAGAGUUUGGUCCGUCUCAUGAAAAGUUCGAUGUUUGGCCUAGGCAUUCGUCACUCUUCUUGUAAUGUGCUGCUGUUUCUCCAAGGGAAUCCUUAGUAUCACUAUCUAGCUAUUUAGAUUUACAGUCAAACCUCCUCAAUUCAGGCGCAAAAAGGAAAUAGAGCCUAGUGUUCGCAUUACAGAGAUGCCGUUUGUAUCACAGAGUCAGGAAUCGUAUAAAAUUUUAGUCCUAGUGGGACCAAGAGAACUGUCUGUAGAGGGGUGCCCUCCGUACUAUGCCGGGGGGCCCUAAGAACAGGUUUGACUGUAUUCAACAUUGAUAUAAAGCCCAAAAUUUGUCUUCAGCAGCGCGCACUUUCAUUGAAUACUUCAAGAUGAUAUCUAACAACAAAACUGUUUCCCGCCAAAAGCCCUGAGCGGACAGCAUGACAAAAUUAUGACGUCAGAACGUAACUGUGCCGUGUUACCCGCAAAUGUUCACCGAUUCACUUUCAUAAAUUUGUAAAAGUGGAAGUUUUCUUCAUGCGCUAUAUAACAAACCACUUAAUGACUGAUCUUUGUCCUCGAAACUCAGCACUGAGAUGUUCGAGAAACAAACUAAACUCUCUCCCACUGGCCAUUCGUUUAAUGGUCAAUAUAACAUGGUUUUUCGCGUGACAUUGUCCCUUCCCCCUAGUCCGGCAAUCUUGUUCUGCGUAUUAAUAAGGCCUAUGUAAUUUCUCUCGUCAAUUUAUUGUUAGAGAUCAUGAUGACCGCACUCCACUUCACAUGGCUGCUGUCAAUGGCUCCGAGCGCUGUGUGGAGUACAUACUGCAGACUCACCCUGAAAGUCUCAACGCUCUAGAUAAACAUCAGGUGCAGUGUCGGACUCACUUGCUAUAGCCCACGUUCGAUAUUUUGAAAUUCUAUCAUGACUCCGAGGCUUAAUAUGACUCCGAGGCUCUAGGGUCAAAAUUGCAAAUUUUUCACGACUCCAUUGUCUCGCAAUUCCCAAAAGGGGACUGAGCACAAAUAAAACCAAACCAAAUAUAUAAGAGAAAAAUGGCCAGAAAGCCUCGGAGUCACGUUAGAAUUUUAAUAUAUCGAACUUGGGCUAUUUGUGAUUACUCUCAGAAAGUACUGUGGUAGCAACAUGUUGUUAUUCUUGGAGACGCAGUUGGUUAGAAAAGAGUUUUUUUAAAAACAAAAUCAAUUAUUUGAAAGCAUGUUGUCAGUAUGGCCGAGCGGUCCAAGGCGCUGCGUUCAGGUCGCAGUCUACUCUUGUAGGCGUGGGUUAGAAUCCCAUUUCUGACAUGUUCGCAUUUUUGAAACUGUAUGUUUUUGUUUUUGUUUUUGUUGUUCUGGUGGUGGUUGUUGUUGUUGUUUAAAUUAAAAUCUAGUAAAAUCGUUCAAAGGAUAAAGGACCCCCCCCAAAAAACUUCUUUCGUCGUUACACAGGCAAAACGUUCAGCCGUUAAACUUUCGUUUCACGAGGACAUACGGUAUACACCGUAUUCACAAAUGGCGGACACGCGGGAAAAAACUGGUGCCUAGUCAUGAAAGCGAGGCGUUGGAGGGUAAACAAAAAUUGCAAAUGAAGACUUUCAGUGAACUUGCAGAGUGUUUAGCACGGAUUCCACCUAAAAUAACUUUGUACGGACUUCUUUUUAAAUACAAUUACGUGGGAUGUCUUCUGCUUUUAAUGUUUAGUAUUGAUUUGCUGUUUGCAAUCAAAAGGGACGCGUAUAUCUUCAAGGAAACAGGUUGAUUUUGUAGGUUUCUGAAGCAUCAGAAGCUCGACAAGUGGGCGAUGGCUGGAGAAAAGCGGCAAACAUGUUGGCCCAAACUUCACAUUGAAACCGAGUUCGAAAGCCAGCUCACUGCAAUUCGGUAAAACAGAAAUAUAAACAAUGAAAAUCUUGGUGGCAAGAAAAAAAGAAAUAAGCGAUGGAUAUAUGGCCUACUUGUUAACGCAAGAGACGUGUGCCAUUGAACAAAACAGUUCAAAUCGAGAUGGAAAAAAGGAAGACAGGAAAGAAGCGGUGACUGAGGUUUGGAUGAAGUUAUGUUUGGUGUUUAUUUGCCAGGACGUUAUUCUCUGGUCUUUAUCGAUGAAGGACAUCAAUUAGAACUAUCUUUUUGGUAUAAAUGCAGGAGCGAUCGAGUGGAGUACGCUCAAAAUUUCAAAUUGUUACUCGGCAGACUCGGUAAGCCGGCCACAUUUCAUUUCAGCGAGUAAUUUUCCUAUUUCUUAUCUUUAGCUGUUAAGAGUUUUAACUUCAUGUUCCAUAAUAUUUUAAAAGUGAAGAAUACAUAAAUAAAUAAAAUGAUGGUCUUCUUAAACGGAUCCAGACUCGCAUUUAAUUAUUCGAAACAGAAGCUUGCCGUGUUCAGUCCUGAUAUAAACAUUGCCUUAAAAGUUUAACCUAGUAAAAUGUGAGCUUUAUACCACUUUUUUUACCAAGAGCUCUCCAAGAUAAUGCCGUAAAGGAGACCAGGCAAAUAGCAAGCCAUAAGAUUCACACACUAGAGCGUCUAGUUUUGAUAAAAUUAUUUAUUUCGCAAUGACAAAGAAAUCAAAAGAUUUUAAAUUUGCACUGAAUUUGCUAAGCUCUGCCAACGUACCUCUAACAAUUCACUCCAAAGUGACGGAAUUAUAAUAUCAUCCAAAGGAAGUUGUAAAUACAGACAUACAUAGAUAUGUGUAAAAUGACACUGACAUGAAUGAAUGAGUCUCGUGAAUGAAUCUUUCACCCGCUCUCGACUUGACCUGUUUUGAGUAAUGGCGGAGGUCUCUUCCGUUGACAAGUAGGCCAUAUAUCCGUCGCUUAUUUCUUUUUUUGUUGCCACCAAUAUCUGUUUUUACUUCUGUUUUACAGAAUUGCAGUAAGCUGGCUUUCGUAUUCGGUUCCAGCAUGAAGUUUGGGCCAACAUGUUUGCCGCUUUUCUCCAGCCAUCACCCACUUGUCGAGCUUCUGAUGCUUCGGCAACCUACAAAUCAUCCUGUUUCCUCGAAGAUAUACGCGUCCCUUUUGAUUGCAAACAGCAAAUCAGUACUAAACAUUAAAAGCAGAAGACGUCCCACGUCAUUGUAUUUAAAAAGACGUCCAUACAAAGUUAUUUUAGGUGGAAUCCGUGCUAAACACUCUGCAAGUUCUUUGAAAGUCUUCAUUUGCAAUUUUUGUUUACCCUCCAACGCCUCGCUUUCAUGACUAGGCACCAGUUUUUUUCCGCGUGUCCGCCAUUUGUGAAUACGGUGUAUUCUGCUUAUCCUUGUCAUUGUAAAUAGAAUGUUUACGCUUACACUCGUGUGUCAGGAUGGCCAAGCGGUCUAAGGCGCUGCGUUCAGGUCGCAGUCUACUCUUGUAGGCGUGGGUUCGAAUCCCACUUCUGACAUUCUUGUAUAAACAUGGUUAAAACUCUAUUUUUAUUUUUUCUAUUCAGAACACGGCCCUGAACUUGGCUGCAACUUCUGGCUACGCAUCUCUCGUGUCAUAUCUGCUGUCCGUAAAAGAACAAGAAAUCCUGUUAAACAAGUAUAACCAGAAUGUGCUGGACCUUGCCAUAUCCAACGACAAAGAAAAGGUUGCGAUGGCCAUAAUUGAACACAGCAGGUAGGUACAAAAUGACUUCUCGAGGCGCGCAAGGAAAAGCUCUUUGUAAAGACACACCCUUUGGCGGAGACAACCUCGAAAUCACAACACGCGAGGUAAACACAGGUGAAUCCCCCGUGCGGCUUGAAUUUGAAAUGCGCUUACUAUGCAGGCUAGUAUUCGAACUGCUUUUGGUAGUCUUGUCUGUAAAUGGGAAUAAUAAAUAACGUGGUUGCCGAGUUGCAUACCAUAAUUUUUUUACAGCGGAGCACCAUGGAAGCAACUUUGGUUAUAUCUUUGUAUCCAAGAAAUUUUGGUUUGGAAAAAAUUGUCCGUAGGUGCGUCCGCCCCUUCAUGUUAGAGGAUGUGUUGUGUCUUACUUACUAGCUUUAAAGUCUAAGGUAUACAUCCAUUUCGAGAAAGGUUGUCGGAAAAAGUGCACGCGACAAUCUUGAAAGGUAUUGUGGGUGGUUCUGAGUUAACUGUUCUUCAAAGCAAUUUGAAAGAAUGGCAAGAGAGGCCAUAGACGUAUGUUUGCGAAUGCUAAAGGAAAGUAACAAUAGAAGAUUCGACACUUACAAUGACAGGAACAGCGUAUUGAUCAUAUCCCAUAUUACCCUUCGGGAUGGUCAGGUGCAUAUUUUUUCCGACAACCUUUCUCGAAAUAGCUGUAUACAUACCGUGUUUAACUUACUAUUAAAUGGACAUCCAUGUUAUGAUCGUCGACAGCUGUCAUAAUAGAAAAUAGGGUAUCCGCUGACCAGUGUCACAUGACUGUAUCGCAAUCUCAUUGAGGCGACGUAAAUUUAUCCGCUUAUUACUUUUCAAUUGAUCUAGGCACAGGUCCAGUUUUAAAGGAGGAAUUCAGUUCGCUUCUUGCUUACGGCAAAAGUUGAAUUACUUAAGAAAUAAGUUUCUUAACAGAUCCCUCGAGAGCUUCGCUCUUGGUCUUGGCUGAAUGUCUAGUAACUGUGAAUAACUAAGUAUUCUUGCUGUCCUAAAUUAUAGGUGGAAAGAGGUGAUUGAUACCACUGAGGGUGGAGGUGUAUCUCAGAUUCAGACACUUGUGGCAGAAAUGCCUGACGUAGCAGAGGUAUGUACACUUCAUUCUCAAACUCACUAAUAAUUGAUGAAACGAAAAUAGGAAACUCACCACAUGAGUUCCUGGGGAACUUUUAUUUCAAGAUACCGGGAUGCUCGUGGGAGGGUUAGCCGGCUCUAUUAAAUCCCAUACCAAUUGUAGAACAUUUUAUAUCAUAUGUAACAAUUAGCAAUUAUUGGACGAGGUUGAGCAAAAUAUCGUGAUUUGUCAGUGGUGAGCGGAUCAGUUAUUCGGCUUCGGCAAAUAAUUGAUCUGGGAGACACUGACAAAUCACGUUAUUUUGCGAUAACCGAGUUCAAUAACUGUUUUAUCAUUCGAUCACCGAGUUUGUUUCUUUGAUGAAUAUCCUCGGGAAGCGAAGCGAUCUGCCAUUUUCACGCAAGAGCGAUCGCAAGAAGGAGAAAAGCACGGUUCCCUUUACGCAUGUGCGGAAUAUUAUUUGCAGCCAAACACAGUUGGACGGCAUUGCACAUGAGCAAACCAUUAUUUGUAGGCAGUUAUUUGCAGGUCACGUGGUGGGCUCUCGGCCACUGAAAAGGAAGAAACAUUUGUAUCAAAUGAUAAUAAAUAUUUGCCACAACAUUUUGCUGCCUACUUUUACGCGGUGAGCGUGGUGUUUGGGACACAGUGUGGGUUGCCGUAUCUUGUAAUCUUUUUUUUUUUUUUUUACUGACUUCAAACAAAUUCAUUGCUUUGUUUUGAAAUUACUCACUGGCUAACUUUUUUUCUCCAGCGCGUUUUAGACAAUUGCAUUGAACAAGAUGGAGAUCCAAGCAGUAAAGAUUUCAAGGCAAGAUAUCGAAACAAUGCGCUUUUACUAUAGUCAUUUUACAUUAUUCAUAAGUGUUUUAUUACCUACACUAUUUGAUAACAUGUACUACAUAAUAGUGAACGAGACCAUAGAGAAGCUUAAUGUAUCGAGCUUUCCUUGUUUCCAAUUCGAAUAAUGGAUUGAUGGCUCUUCAUUUGUUAGGUAACAUACGAUUUAAGGCUAAUACAAGGGAAGCAGAGCACGACGAGUCCAUUGGAACACUCUCUUGACGCGCUUAAGGUAUGAAAUUCCCCCAGCUUUCUGCUAGUGAUAAAAGUUCUUGCUUGAAAUCAGUAUUAUUGCGUUAAAAAGUGACUUUCAGCUAACUCGUCAAGAUGGCCGAGCGGUCUAAGGCGCUGCGUUCAGGUCGCAGUCUACUCUAGUAGGCGUGGGUUCGAAUCCCACUUCUGACAUCCUUUUUUAUAAUGUCGAAACCAGCUCUUAUUGUUUUUUUGUUGUUGUUGUUGUUGUGGUUUAAGAAUUCUGUCAAUGUGUUCAAAGGAUUUAAAAAAUAGGGCUAAAUAUCAGUUUCCCUCCCCAACAAAAUGUUACUUAUUUGUUACAGAGGAAAACUUUUGUUCAGCGAGGUUUCACAAUAAUGUUGUCCCGGUGCGUAUCUUUAUCAUUGAGAAAAGAAUAAGUGACUACUCGCUCUUGUUGUCAGGAUGGCCGAGCGGUCUAAGGCGCUGCGUUCAGGUCGCAGUCUACUCUUGUAGACGUGGGUUCGAAUCCCACUUCUGACAUUAUUUUAUUCUUUGCAAGAGUUCUACAUUUUUUCUGGUUUUGUUUUCGUUCUUAUUUUUCCCUUUUUUGAUUUGUUCCAUGUCUGUUCUUCUUCUUAAGACCAUGGCAGAACGACGGCGGGAGAAAUGUUUGACUCACCCUGUGUGCUACUUCCUCAUGAAUAUUAAAUGGUUAGUUUCUCUGUUCUUCCUGGGUUUUAUGUGUUAUCGAUUUUCUGUCAGCGCGCUCAGGAUUUGUUUUCUCGUUUUGAUUAGCCAAAAAAAAAAUCGCGCCACCUUCUUAGCCAAUCAUAGAUAACUUCACAAGCAAUCCUGAGGUACGUGCUCAUGUUUUCCCGCGCUGAAAAAGGCAGCUCAGAUAAGUUGAUUGUGAUUGACUAAGAAACUGCUCAAGACAUAAUUUGCGCACUGGAUUGAAACAAGAGAGGAUAAGAGAUUCAUCUCUUCUGAUUGACAGAAAAAUAAUGGAAUAUCUGUUUAUUUUUUUCUGUCAUAGGAAAAAAUUUGGAUGGAUAACCUUUAUCGUCAACCUGUUGUUUUACUUGGCGUUUCUUCUUCCUUUUACUGCCCUGGCUGUUAACCUCAAGAUCAACAUUUGUGUCCUGUGCAAUUAUAGCUUCUGUAACAAGACACCUGCAAUUCCCAAUGGCCAGUCAGUAAGUCAAAGUGCCAAUUAGAAAUACAUUCGAACCUCCAUGUGCAACUACGUCUCGUAAGCGACUGCCUCCCAUAAGCGACCGACAAUAAAAACACCACAAUUUUCUCAGUCAAAGCCUUACAGUUAGAACCUGUAGUAAACGACCACCUCUUGUGAGCGACCGCGACCACUUUUCGGGGGUGACGGUUUAACUAUUUUUCUGUUGUUUGUAAGCGACUACUUCACGCAUGGUCUCAUCUCUAUACACACUCUAUGUACUGUGUUACUUAGAGUAUACGAACAACUUGUAACGACAACAUGGAACUACACAUGUCCUAACUUAGAAACUGCACACAAUAAAUUAUCUUCCAUAAAGUAAAUGUGUCCGGACCUCUUCUCGGAAGAGACCCUCUGUGGUUCGAUUCUUGUAAACGACCACUAAGUCUUCGCGGAUACACAUUUUUCGUGGUCGCUUAAGAGAGCUUCGACUGUACAAUGAAAAUUAAAUGAGCUGUGACGUCAUAGCUGUCUAGUUCAUUUUGUUAAUAAUGCCAAAGUUAUGCGUCUUUAUUCUCUAUGGAACUUGAGAAAUUUCUUGCAAAUGAAAAAAUCACAGCUUCGUGUCAAACAAAUAUAUCUCCUCAGCAUUUUAUCAAACGCUACAAACAACAAAAAAGAACACACGUGAAGAUUUAUACCUUUAUGUUUCAUGUUCUGAGCAGUGAUUUUUCUGUUUCACUCAGGGGUUUCGUGGCAGAUUUCGUGAUACAGCUUCUUUAAAGAGAUCUGCUUCGGCUCCAAAGGGCCAAAUUAGCCGUGCAGACACAAUUAAGCCCAAUUUGAAUCACGACAGCCUCACAAUUAUGUAUUCCAGCUCAUAAUGUUAGACCCAAAAAUACUAUACUCCAAAAAAACUACCCCCAUUUUGGUUGCCAAAACAGGUUUUUUUACUUGAUUUACUUUUUACAUGACUCGUCGUUUCGUUUACUAGAUUUUCGCCCGAUGACUUAUGGGUUUUUUUCUGGUUCGUGACAUCUCAUCUCUUGCAACCCCGUGGUUUUCUUGUGAAGUAGAACAAUAAGGAAAAUUAAGUUUGUCUUUGUCACCUGAAAGAAUAUAAAGAAAAUUGGAAAAAGAGCGCAUUUGCAGGGAGCGACAUCACCCUUCAGGCGCUUACUUUUUAAAUUCACUUUCUCAGUCUCCUUGUGUUUCAGAACCUUUGCGAAGUCACAAAAAUGCCUCUGUGCAGAAAAGAGUUUUUCCGUAUUUAAUUAAUUCUCUUCACACAGCAACAUCAUGUGUUGCUGGACUAGUUAUAUAUCUCCUUAUGCCUUUACACUGUUCUUUUCAGGAGUGGCAUGAUGAAAUUGACACCUGCAACACAUAUGACAAGGUGACGCAACACUCUUGUAUUUUCUCUUUCUUUUUUUUUUCCAAUUUUUUUAUUUCUAGAAAUAGUAAGACACUAAAAAACUGGGGGAAUUUAUGUUUGUGUUUUAUAUUUUUAGUUAUGUAAAUGUUCAAGAAUUCAUGAAAAGUUUUUUUCUCUUCUAUUCAAUUUUCUUAUUAACAAGACGCUGUGGGAGCGUAUAUUUGGGCGUGGUCGCACCACGCGUAUGAUUCUUUGAACAUGCCUUAUUGCAGCUAAACAGCUGUCAUCAUGUCUUACCAGAGAAGAUAAAUCCUUUGCUAUAUUUGUUUGCUGAACCACAGAGCUUAUACAGUAUGUCCCAAUCCACAACAAUAAUCCUGUCAUUUCAUGACAAUGUUUGAAAAUAUGGACAUCUUCAAUGCCUACAUGCUUGGAGCCAAAUUGCAACAUAGGACAUGAGUGGUUACAGCCCGGAGAGUAAGGUUUAUCUCAGCUCCACUGAUACUGACACUUUGAGGAAGAUUGACUGACAGAUGUGUUUUCACACCCAUCACAUUGUACAGUGUAUUCCGGUUACUAACAAGGGCAAAUAAAGUUCCUUAAGUCCAGUAUCGACAAGGAUUAGUAAGAGAGUAACACAUUGCAUAAACUGCUAUAGGGCAGCAUUGAAUAUAUUAACACGUUCCUCGAAACGCGCACGGCCAAACUGCUUCUUACUGCUGCUUCGAAAAAUUUCGGAUCGAACGAUAUCCAAAUCGUCCCUCAUUGGAUUAUCCACUCGACAUAACAAAAUCGACCAAUCACAAAAUAAGGAAAAGAAAAUAGAAAUAAAAUAAAGAAAACAUCAAGUUCAGAUGACCUCUUAGGAAACAUGCUGUCUUUCUAUGAUUGGUGCAUUUCGAUCCUCUCGUCAAAAAAAUGUCAGACGCAAAUUAUCUUAGCGGACUUCUUAGGAGACGAAAGUUUACUUCAACGGGUUCAAAAGGUCAUUCUUGGUGAUCUGUGAUAGGUGGAUUUCGAUCCGUUUCUGUGUUUCAAGGUUCGUUGCUUAUGAUCUUAUUGUGACCAAAACCCGACGUUAAUAUUCCAAAUAUUUUUGAUAGAUUUCAUCCCUGGACUUCAGACUUCCAAAUUUCAAUAAGCUAAGAAUACUGAACAUUUAGAUUAACUUUUGAGAUCGUAAAAGUGCGAUGAAGUGCCGUGCUGGCAGAUCUUUCUUUCCCACAUGCCUCUUAUCUUGUACAAGACGUUGGCAUGGCAGACAUUCGCCUCGCUUCACUUGUUUACUUGCCUUGCUUAUGUUAGCACGUAUUGCGUGCCUAUUGCACAUUUGCGUCAAAACAAGCCGUUUCCAUUACUCUAUUUGGGGCAUGCCCAAAUAAUUAUGAACGUAUUUACAUUGUAAUUGUCACAUUGUUUGCUUAUAUUCUAGACUGUCGUGUUUCUGCAUUACUUUGUAAUUAUCUCUGCCUUGAUUCACGUCAUAAAAGAAAUUAUGCAGCUUGUUCGCCAGGUAAGGAUCCGUCAAUUUUUCUUAAAAAAAACCUUGGUGCAAGUUAAUUUUAUUUCCGUACUUUUAGCCGAUAUCACCUUAUUGACAUUGUUAUUUAUUAAUUAAGUAAACUAUUUGUAUACAUGUGAAAGCAUCACGUUAAAUAUGAAGAAAAAUGUACGCAUGUAACACAGUUCCAAGGUCAAAUGUAUACCAUAUACCUACAAGCGUAUAUGAUGUGCAGUUGUGAAAAAAUGAUUGGACCUUCCUCGUAUGGGUGCUAUGUGAAGAAAUGAACUGUACGAUACGAACAUUCACGAAUAUCAAAUAGUCCAGUUUCGAAUAGGCCAUUUUACAGUUAUGGGUGGAAGCGAGGCUGGCGGUGACCUUGUUUUGGUACAAACCUUCCUGCUUUAUUAUGAAAAUCAAUUUAUUCUUACGCUAAUUAGUAUUUUUCAAGAACAAUUUCCAUAACAAAGCAAAGGACGUUUGUAUCAAAACAAGGUCACCGUCAGCCUCACAUUUACUCGAAGGCCAGGGUACUAAGUCCACAACUGUAAAAUGGUCCAUUUGUCGUGGCCGCUGAAUAAAAGCACCGAAGAGUUAUUUGUACAAGGUUAGUCUCAACAAAAAGUAAAAUAUUCACAUAUACCGGCGAGAAGGUGCCUGAAUUUGAAUUUCAAACAAUAGACGCAGUUGUACACAGGUCUUCUUCUGAGGCUAACCCUGUAUGAAAGAGUCUUCUUUGCUUCUAUUCAGCGGCCGCGACGAAUUCGAAACUCGACUGUUGUCUUUAAUUUCCUUAACAAUGUCUCGACGAGUCUGUUCUGUUCGGGAUACGACAAUGAUCGUCGGAAAUCCUCGGGUAGUUUUGUAGUCCUUUUGACGAUCAAACGUAACCGUUGCAUGACUUGUUUCCACGCCUUCUCCCGCGCUUUACAAUUGGAAACCGGUCACGUGUAUUUGCUUCAAGGUGUCUUAUUGGUUCAUUGUCUGUUUCUAUUGUUAUUAGCAAAAGUAAUUAGCGAGUCUUCAUUAUCUAUGGUUUGUGGAGGUUCACUAAAGUCACGAGGUUUACUUUUGGGGGUGGGGAUGGGGGAGGUCAUUUGAGUUUUGCCAUUGCCCGAGGGGGUUCAUAUGGAUGAUCAAAAUUGGGGCCAUACAAGAUGCCACUCCUCCUCCCCACCCCCCCCGCGCGCGCCAUAGCACCACAAACCAUAAAUAAGACAUUCAGUAUUAAAAUGUUACGACACGAAGACCGAAAACAUUCAUUCAAAGCCAAUUUAUUGGUUUUAAUUUUCGUUUUUGCCUUUUCACAGCGCCUUAAAUACUUGACGUCCAAAACGAACCUUAUCGAGUGGGCGAUAUACGUGUCCGCGUUAUACUAUGUAUUUCCAGUAUGCGCCUGCAAGUCACAUUUCAAAUCCAUGGCAGCGGCCUUUUCUCUGUUCUUUGCUUGGCUCAAUCUUGUCCUUUACUUCAGAAGGUUAGUCAUUCCAUUUUUCUCAAUAACGCCUCACGCAGCAAACACGAGGUAACUGUGUUAGAGUUUGUUUAAUAAGAGUGCUAAAGAUCAAGAAUGACCUGUAUUUUUGUUGUUGUUGUUGUUGUUUUGUUUUGUUUUUGGGGAUCAAGGGUGGUGCAGUGGUAAGAGUACUCGCCUCCCACCAAUGUGACCUGAGUUCGAAUCCUGGCCUCGACGCCAUAUGUGGGCUGAGUUUAUUAUUGGUUCUCUUCCUUGCUCUGAGAGGUUUCUCUCCGGGUACUCCGGUUUUCCUCUCUCCUUGAAAACCAACACUUCUAAAUUCAAAUUCGACCUGGAACGCACGCACACGUUUAAAAGACUUCUUAAAACCUCCUAAGUACUUUGUGGGUAAACAAACAAAUAAAUACAAAUUAAAUUACAAGUGCAAUUUUGUUUGUUUUGUUUUAUGUUUGUUUGCUUGUUUGUUGUUCUUGUGGCUGUUUUGUACCAUUUCUUUCUUUUCUUUUCAGACUUUCGUACUACGGAAAAUACGUGAUAAUGCUGCUGACAAUGUUUCGGACGCUUUUCCGGGUAUUUAUGUCCAUGAAAAAUUAAAGAAAACAAUGUAAUGUGAAAAAAACUUAUUCGCGAUCGAUUUUAACGCUUUGUUAUACCAUGAUAUCUUUUUAUUUAAGGUCUUCCUUCUCUUUUUUCUGUUCGUGGUAGCAUUUGGAACGACCUUUUUCUUGCUUAUGUAUAACCAGGUAUGUUGUAUUGUAGAUCUCAGUGCCUAGAGAGCUUUAAAAAAGACGAGGACGACUACGAGUACAAGAUUUUCUUAACACUAAGUAGUGCGCGCGCGUAAACCAGCGUCAUUUGGGCGGGAAAAUUAGUGGUAGCCGCCCUCAUUCUACUACAAGGGUUAGCGAGAAUGUCGUAGUGGCGGAAACAAGUUAUCAAAUAUAAGAAGUUCUAUCAUUUUGCAAUCGGGAGAGGGCUUAACCUCCUCCAAUAAAGAUAACAGGGCUAAAUUUUGUGGUGAAAAUGUACACUCUUGGGUAUGUAUUUUUUUUUUUUUUUUACAAUAUCUGAAAAAACGUACGUUAAAUCAAAUCGUAAUCCUCGAAUGUAAAGGUCUCUAAUAAUGUAAAAAUACAGGACUUGCUUCCAAAAACAGCUAUUAACCAAUAUGAAGUUCCGAGAGGGAAGCGCCCUGUUUAGACCAAAUAAAUGCUGGAAAUUUAUCGGAAGUUGCUUCCCGGAGUGGUCCGCAAACUUUUAUUCAGUCUUGUCAAAAGAAUAGUCCAGUUUCGAAUUAAAAGAUACCGCUGAAUACAAACAUUAACGGCACAUUUAUACAGGGUUAGCCUCGACAUAAAGUAAGUUAUUAUUCAUUCAAAAUAUUUCCCCGAUUCUGAUUGG